AUGGGCAAAGCAGAAGCCGGUAGUACAAAAUGGGUCGCGAACAAGAUGAAGUCAAAGGGGCUGCAGCGCCUGCGCUGGUGGUGUGAGCCCUGCCAGAAGCAAUGUCGAGACGCCAACGGAUUUAAAUGCCACGUACAGAGCGAGAGCCAUGUCAGGAAUCUCCAGAUUGUCGGCGAGGACCCAAAGAAGUUUAUCAACAACUUCAGUAAUGAUUUCCAGAGGGAUUUCGUCAAUUUGUUGCGGACGGCGCAUAACGAAAAGUGGAUAUCUGCGAACAAAUUCUACAACGAGUAUAUUAGGGAUAAGGAGCAUGUACAUAUGAACGCUACGAAAUGGAGUUCUCUCACAGAAUUUACAAAGCAUCUUGGUCGCGAGGGAAUUUGUCAUGUCAAGGAAGACGAAAAGGACGGCUUGAUGAUCGCAUGGCGAGAUACCAGUGCUGCGGCGGUACAGAGACGCAACGAAAUUGCAGAAUUAGAGGCCGCGGAAGCGCGCAGCGGAGCCGGCGAAGACAAGAUGCUGAAAAAGAUGGCAAAGCGUGCUCAGGAAGAAGCCGAAGCUAAAAAGGUCAUUGAAGCAAAACGAGCCGCAGCCCAGGCAGCGAUCCAACAACAAGUCACUCCACCUGCGGAAGAGGCCUCUCCAACAGAAGGCAACAAAUCAGAUUCGCUGGUUGAUGGGGAGAAGCAAGGGGAAGAAAAGAAAGACGACGAGGAAGCGAAGGUCGAUGCAGCGCCUGUCAAAUUAAGCUUCGGCCUAAAGACAAAGGCCGCUCCAGCUAACAAGGCUGGCCUUGGACAAAUGAAGAGUCAGAGCAUCUUCAAACGAAAGAAGGAUGAUGCAUCGGAGCAGAAGCCUGUGAAGAAAGUCAAGUUGUAA